UCCUGCCUGCUCUUGUCAAGUCGCCCUUUGCACUGAGGAAGAAAUGGAACUCUUUGGUCUGCUUCGCCCACCUUUACUUCUACUAAUUUCUCUGAACUAUUCGGCUGCAGCCCCUGCACUUUUUGCAUUGUCACAAACAUCCAGCUGGAGAGACUUCUAUACAGCUCAGGAAUACCUUGACAAAUACUACACACCAAAAGGAGGACACCUAGUUGGAGAAAUUACAAGUGGUGAUUCCAUGACAAAGAAGGUUCAACAAAUGCAGGCAUUCUUUGGCUUACGUGCCACUGGGAAACUGGACUAUAGUACCAUGGAUGUUAUAAAGAGGCCUCGGUGUGGUGUCCCUGAUAUAGCAAACUAUCGACUUUUCCCAGGGGAACCGAAAUGGAAAAAAAAUACAUUGACAUACAGAGUGAAAAAAUAUACUCCCAGUUUAAGUCAUGCGGAAGUGGACAAGGCUGUGGAGAUGGGUUUGAAAGCAUGGAGCGCUGCUGCCCCUUUGAACUUCGUAAAGACAACAACGGGGGAAGCAGAUAUUAUGAUUUCAUUUGAAAAUGGAGAUCAUGGAGAUUCCUACCCAUUUGAUGGGCCUCGUGGGACUCUUGCACAUGCUUUUGCACCUGGGGAAGGACUGGGUGGAGACACUCAUUUUGACAACGCAGAGAAAUGGACAAUGGGGAUGAAUGGAUUUAAUUUGUUCACUGUUGCUGCUCAUGAAUUCGGUCAUGCGCUGGGUCUUGCUCAUUCUGCUGAUCCAUCAGCUUUGAUGUAUCCAACAUACAAAUAUCAACAUCCAUUUGGCUUCCAACUCCCCAAAGACGAUGUGAAAGGAAUCCAGGCAUUAUAUGGGUCACGGCUAACUAGCUCUAGAGUGCCCCAAGUACCACAUGUGCCUGUGCCCAAACCACCAGCACCAACUAUUCCGGACCACUGUGACUCCAGAUUUUCAUUUGAUGCUGUCACCAUGCUGGGCAAGGAACUUCUUUUCUUCAAAGAUAGGCUCUUCUGGAGAAGGGAGACUCAACUCAAAGCAAGCGUCCAGCCACUCUCCAUCAGAAGCUCCUUCCCUCAGCUCAUGUCCAAUGUAGAUGCUGCCUAUGAAGUGCCCAAUAGAGGAGUUGCUUAUUUCUUCAAAGGCCCUCAUUACUGGACAACUCGCGGUUUCCAAUUUCUGGGUCCUCCCCGAACCAUUGCAGACUUUGGGUUUCCUAGGAAUGUGCUCCACAUUGAUGCAGCUGUUCACCUAAAAGAUGAAAAGAAGACACUCUUCUUUGUAGGAGAUGAAUAUUACAGCUUUGAUGAAGUAAAAAGGAAAAUGGAGAAUGAUUUCCCAAAGAGCAUUGAAGAUGAGUUCUCUGGAAUCAAUGGCAGAAUAGAUGCAGCUGUGGAGGUGAAUGGAUUCAUUUACUUCUUUUCUGGGCCUAAAGCCUAUAAAUAUGACCGGGAAAAAGAAGAUGUUGUUCACAUUGUAAAAUCUGGUUCCUGGGUGGGUUGCUGAGCUAAAGCAGACAUUGGAUGAUCACAGUGAACUAGAAGAAAAGUUGUUCAUGUCACCAAGAUCCAAAGACUUGCAUUUCUUUUGAUAUUGUCAUCAUCAUCAUAAUCAAACAAUGACAAAAAGCCCAGAAACAAAAAGAGAAAAACACAUUCACAUCAACAUCCUGAUUACAUUUUGGAUAGUUUAAUAAAUGCCUCCGUCCAUACUUGUUAUGGAUAUGUCCAUGUUAUGUAACUCUUUAAAGGUCUGCCCUAUCGGCUCAGAGA